CCGCCCACGGACCCAGGGUUUCCGGGCUCUUGGGUAUUUUAAGGCGCGAGCCACUAAGGUCGCCUGACUCCCAUAGCGUGGUGUUCCAGUUCUUUCUCUGCCAUCUGCUCCCAGGGCACCGUCAGCCAUGGGUCCCUGGACCCACUCCUUGCGAGCUGCCCUGCUGCUGGUGCUUUGGGGAGUCUGCACCGUGCGCUCCGACACUCCUGCCAACUGCACCUAUCCUGACCUGCUGGGCACCUGGGUGUUCCAAGUGGGCCCCAGGCGUUCCCGAAGUGACAUUAACUGCUCGGUGACGGGACCAACAGAAGAGAAGGUAGUGAUACACCUUAAGAAGCUGGAUACUGCCUAUGAUGAACUGGGCAAUUCUGGGCAUUUCACCCUCAUUUACAACCAAGGCUUUGAGAUUGUGUUGAAUGACUACAAAUGGUUUGCAUUUUUCAAGGAUGUCACUGAUUUUAUCAGUCAGUUGUUCAUGCAGCUGGGAACUGUGGGAAUGUAUGAUUUGCCACAUCUGAGGAACAAACUGGUUUUUGUUUUGUAGUUAUUAAAUAGUUCGUCUGUUGAGAGGCUCUUUUAAAACCACAGCCAAGAACAGACUUUGGCUUAAGAGACCAACAGUUGGAUCUACCUCUAGCAGCUAGCAGAGGCCAUGGCAGCUACAAUCCCUUCUGGAAUCUGUUUGCAUGUAAAAUGUAGAGGAGUCCUGGUGACCUACCUCCAAGGCAACUGCCCUCCUGAAGGAUUCCUUGGAAAACAGUAAUCACCACUGUGGAAUGUGAACCACCAGAAACUGUACAGAAUAAAGGAAAAACAUUGUGGAAGAGAUGAAGCCUCAGAGGGGCUUCAGCAUUUAGUGUUUUCAUAAGGGGACAAUUUAUAACACAUCAAGUGUUUUUUCUUUUGUUUUUUGUUUUUUGUUUUCUUUUCCUAUUUGAAUACUGUUGUGUUGAAAUAGUUUCUUCGAACUGGAUAGAAUUUAGUUUUUGAUUUUGUGAUCUAUUUCUUUCUGUGUUUUGUCACACUGAAAAUUUUACUCCCAGUUAAUUUGUCUCUUCCUGGGUGCUUUCACUUUUAAAAAUUACUUUAAGAUACUGCAAAGGUAGAAGGCUUUGGGAUGACAUGAGAUGGAGAGUAAUUAAUUACUGGAGGGGAGAUGGCCCUGUGGAUGUCACAUAGGAGGGGAAAGAUACUUUCUUAGCCAUAUACUAAAAGAUGUGUCUUGCAGACAAUGAAUCUGCAGUGAUCCCAGCCAGAAAGAUGGUAUGGUUAAUGCUUUUUUUUUCUUCUCUUUUCUGUUCUCUUUUCCUCUUCUGCUUCUUCAUCUUGGUUUUUAAAUUAGGUGUUAGCUUUUUGCUAAGAACUUGACAUACUAUGAACCUGAAAGCCCUAUAAAGUGGAUGGAACUGGUCUCAUUUUACAGUUAGCAGUGGUCACUCCCAUAGCACUGAAGCUCCUAUUGUUUCUGACUAUAAAAUGAUCAUCCUAAUCUUUCAAACCUAAGGACUUCAUUGGGACUAAAAAGUAAAAGAAAAGUCAUAUCAACAAAGUAAAUGGUUUCUAGAACCACAUUUGGGUAGUUUUUCUGAUACAUUCCUGGGCAGAGGCAUUGUGAGUAUUGGUUCAGUGGUGUGGUAUAUUGCACUGGCUGUUACUGAAGUCUUAGGAAAACACCUUUCCAGUUUAUGUUUCUUUACCACCCACUUUCUUGCUUGUAGCCAGAGUUCUUGCACUCAGCAGAUAACAUUAGCUUGGCUUUCCCCUUAGCAGUCCCACAUACUGGGAAUCAAGCCUUAAAACUUCAGUAUCAACCCCAAUACAAUCCCUUGUGAAACUGACUUUCUUUAAUUGCACUAUUGUUCAGCCUGAUUGCUAUCUUCUAGCUUUUUCCUGCCAAGCAGCAGAGUCAUUUCCUUCUCACUUGGUUUCCAGCUGACUUGGGAAACAUACAAGGCAUGUGUACCUAGUCCAUGUCAUCCACUUUGCUUUUCUCCUGGGGCUCAGCUAGCUCAGAAGACUGUGUAUCUGAAUCAUAAUCACUGUUUAUGCCAUGUCAGGUUUACUUAUUUGGUUAUCUUUUUUUUCUACCCUGCGUCUGGUCCUGAUAGUCUUCAAUAUCUAGGAUGCCUUUGUCACUUCACUGGUGAGAGAGAGACCAUUAACAAUUCCCCUUGUCCUCUGUAGGUACAUCUCAUUUGUACUUGUAAUGGUCUGGUGUCUUUAUCUUCUGGGAUGGACAUCUGCUUUUCUCUCUUUAACUUUAAUGUAUAAUGCAAAUAGUACUUCAUAGGUCAGGGAAAGUAAAAUACACUUCUCUUUCUGCAGACUUUUUACAAGUAAUACUAGCCUACAAAGUUUCAGCUACUUUUUUCGUCUUGUUAUAAAACACCAAGACUAAGGAGAUUUAUAAAAGAAAGUAUUUGAUUUGACUUACAGUUUCAGAGGGUUAAAGUCCAUGAUGGAGGACUGAAAGGAUAUCUUAGAGUUCUUGUCUUCAUCCACAAGCAAUAGGCAGAGAGAGCUAACUGGGAAUCAUGUAGUCGCUGAAACCUCAAAGCCCACUUAUAAGGAAACACCUCUUUCAAUGCCUCCUCCAACAAAGACACACUUCCUAAUCUUUCCCAAACAGUUCCACUAAGUGGAGACAUAGUAUCUAAUUUUAUAAACCUACUGGGGAGGGGGGAACACUCUCAUUCAAACCAAUAUACAAGGCAUCACUUUUCUUGGGCUCUAGAAACACUGGCCAUGGAUGGCAGUAUAUUCUUUUUGUUCUCUGUUCUAAGAAAUAUUAUCAAGUUUCUUGCCUGUAGAGCCCUUAAAGACUUAUAUAUUUUAAAGCUGAUUUUCAAGGUCUAAAAAUGCUGUUAGAUACACACACACACACACACACACACACACACACACCUCACACACAUAUACACACAAAGAGAGAGAGAGAGAGAAACAGAGAGAGAGAUUUGCUAUGGGAAAUAUUUUAAUCUAAAUUGUUUUCCUCUGUGUAAUUUGGUGUAUAAAUGUUUAUGAGGGCAAAUUAGUGGGUACAAAAUAGUAGAUAUUUGCCAGAAGGACUUCCAGCAUACUAGUGCUUAGAGUUGUUUGUCAUAAUUGCCUGUUUGUAUUCCAUUCUGCUUGUAAGAAGAGGGAUUAUUGACUCUAUAUUACAAGAUACUGUAUUGCCUGUGUUUUGUAUAAUAUGUGUCAAAUAGCAUGAAAAAGGGGGUUUAAUAAAUAAUUUUGUAAGAAAGAAGCUUGAAAACUA